AUGGAUAGUUGUGUUCUUCCAACAAGACACGAGGGAAUCUUCAUUGUUCAAACCACGGAUUUCUUCUACCCUCUUGUAGAUGAUCCUUAUAUGCAAGGAAAGAUCGCCUGUGCCAACGUUCUAAGUGAUCUGUACGCCAUGGGAGUUACCAACUGUGAUAACAUGCUUAUGCUUCUUGGCGUUAGUAAUCAGAUGACUCUAAAGGAACGCGAAGUCGUGACACCGCUUGUCAUCAAGGGAUUCAAUGACUUAGCUUUGGAAGCGGGCACUACAGUAAAUGGUGGACAAACUGUGCUCAAUCCUUGGUUUAUUGUUGGUGGAGUUGCUUCAAGUGUGGUGUCCAACAGCGAGUUUAUUAUGUGAGUUUAAUUUGCUUAAGCUAAUAAAAUAUUAACAGCUACUGCAUAAGUUACCUCAUAUAGCCAAAUUUUAAGAGGGGGAGUUUACCAUUCUCUUCCCUAAUAUAAUCAGAUGCAAACCACAUGAUUGUGAAAAAUAAAAAAAAAACUGUCUUAAUAGACUUGUGGUUAUAAUGUUUUUAUUUUGUUAGGCCAGAGAAUGCAGUUGUUGGUGAUGUGUUGGUUCUUACUAAGCCUCUUGGAACACAGAUAGCUGUCAAUGCACAUCAGUGGCUUGAAGAUGUGAGUAUUUUACAAUACAAAUUUUUGCAUGCUAGUUUACAUUACCAUUCUGGACUCCCACCAGUGUGCUAGGAUUUGAGUACGUGCCAUGAAUGCCCUGUUAAAAAAGCCAUUGCCAAUUUGCCAAUCAGGUUGAAGGGAAGUUCGUGUGGUAAUAAUUACCAGACAUGCGUGUAAUUAUUCUUGGAGUCUCCCUGUUGGAGGCCCAGAACAAGGAUAUUGGCGCCACUUUGCAGACAUUAUGAACUGGGGUUAGAUUAUGUCUGUCUGCGACGCAGGCUAGAAAGCCAUCAACAUCAUUCAUUGUAGUUUACUAUUUGCUUAAACAGCCUCCUUUAAAAUAAAAAUAUCAUCAAUCAACCUUAUUUCCAAUCAAUAAAAUUGAUGUUGUAUUGCUAGCAUCUUCCAAAUAUGGUAAGUCCCAGUUGGUUAUGAAGAAUUAGACAAGAGAUUGGAGCCAAUUAGAAAUGGCGAUAUUAGUUUGAAUGAAUAAUAAUAUCACUUAUAUACAGAUACUAUGUAAUUCAGUGCUAGUGAUGUUAUCCCCCAAAAUUGAGGGGCUUUAGCAACAAAAAUAAUACACUUGAAACUGGAAGGUAUCAACAAACAGGGUUAAGCCUUUGCUACCUUCUACUCUCGUCAUACUGUCGUCUACUGCUCCAUAAGUUUACUUUUUAACUCAAGUAUGGCUCUGUGCAACAACAAUAUUAAUAUCUCCAUGUUGUUUUUGGGGGUAAACAGCCUAAGUGGUGGGCACGCAUCAAGGAUAUAACAACAACUGAAGAAGUGGAAAAAGCUUACCAGAAUGCCAUGCAGUGUAUGGCUAGACUAAACCGCAAUGCUGCUGACUUGAUGCACAAAUAUGAUGCUCAUGGUGCAACAGAUGUGACUGGGUUUGGAAUUCUUGGUCAUGCAAGAAAUUUGGUAGCUAAUCAGAAGUCAGAAGUCUCGUUUGUUUUGCACACCCUUCCAAUUUUGGCAAAUAUGGUGAAGAUAUUCAAAGCUUGUGGAGUAAAUUUCAAGUUACUAGAAGGAUAUUCUGCUGAGACAUCAGGUGACAUAUUUAAUUGGUGUGUUGUAUACCUAUUGUAAUUAUUAUAACAGUAUAUUUAACCCUCUCCAGUCAGCUGAGUUCAAUUGGGUUGAAAGUACCUCAAAAACUUUAAAAGCCAUUACCUUUCUAAAAUAUUAUUUUCAGGUGUAUCCAUAGCCUGCGCGCAGACGAAAUGAAGCUCUGGUUAACUAAUCAGAGUUUAGUUAUCGUGUGUAUGCAGGCUAGUGUAUCCAUUGGCAUAGUCUUAGAGGUGCCAAAAAUGUCUGGUUGCAGGAUUUUAAAAUUUUUAAGCUAAAAUACUGUUUUCAUUCCAUGCUCAGAGAUUGUGGAAACAUAUAAGCCCUGAGAAUCCAUUGUUAAAUCCAAGAUUUACAGCUGAUUUAGCAGCCUUUUCCUACGUGUAUCACUGCUUUAGGACACAGAAUGCCAUGAACACUUAAGAAUAUCACUGAAAAUAUAUAUAUACUGUGUUGUAACGAAAAUGCCAGUCUGGUGUGAGAUACAUGUAAUUUUAAAACAGCAAGCAGCAAUGGUAAUUAUUACUUUUUUAUUUUGUUGCUUGCUCACAUAUUCUGAUCUGUGCUGUUAGUGGUCACACAAAUAAAAUAAUCAUUCCUAAAAUUGUUCAGGUGUUUACGGUUUUGUAAAAGAGGAAAAUAUACAUUUCUCUGGCUUAAGGUGGUUGAACAUUACACCAGCUGAGCUUACGAAAAAGGUAAGGUGGGUGUUUUACAGUCUCUAUUGUGGAAGAUAAAGUGAACUCCAAAAUACUGGUAGGUAUUAGAACUUUAUUGGUUAGUUUUCAGUUGUUAAAGAAUUUCACUUCCAGUCCAUUUAUCCAUCAGUUUUCCUUGCAUUUCUUGCAGGUGGUCUUCUUGUUUGUCUGACACGAGACAAGGCUCAAAGCUUUUGUGAUGAGCUACAAGCUGUUGAUGGACAUCCUGCCUGGAUUGUGGGUGAAGUAGUGUAUGGCAACAGAGAAGUCAGGAUAGAUGAAGAUCUGAAAGUCAUUGAAGUUUAACUUAACCCCCUCUUUCUGUUUUGGUGUACUAGUCUAAGCAUAUUGUAAGCAUAGGAGAGUUUGAGUUACUGACUGACUGUGUUUUUAAGAUAAAAUUGAUGAAGUUGAUGCAAUUGAUGAAAUUGAGGCAAUGUCAAACAUUUUUCAUUUCAUGUUAGAGAUAUGUUGUUUGCAACAUGUGUUCAUGGCAACAAGAAUUGAGCAGCUUGAUGCCAUCAGAAUGAUGUAACUUCUUUGUAGAAAUUUUCAUUUUUGUCUUCAAUGAAGGCUUUUGGGAAAAUUAUCAUUAAAUCCUAAAAGGCGGAUGCUUAAGGACAAUUAUGAAAUUUGUUUAACAAAGACAGUGUCUUUUUUUUAGAGAUUCUGAAACCAAAAUACAUUGUAUGCAAUGAAUUACUAAAUAGAUUAAAAAUUUCAUGUAAACUACUUUUAAGAUCAGAAAUGAUUUCCGUACCUAACUAAAUGUUUACAUGGAAAAAGUUUCAAUCCAGUGUUCUAAAAACAGUUUUAACAGUAUGUUCAUCUAAAUAGUAAGCAAUAUGGGGACUGUUAAUUGAUCUUAGAAGCAUGAGGAUUGUCUUUGUUGCACUGUAUACCACACCUUUUUUUGCCUAACCAUAAGUUAUACAGUUUUAAAACACUCCUGUUUACAAUAUUAUUUUAAUAAUCAUACAUACUUGAAUCUUAGAGAAAUAUAUUUAAGAUGAAAGAUAAAAACAUUGUAAUACUAUUUAAUUUGUAAAGAAGUCUUAGUCAAUGGAAGAAUGUUAAUUUAAGAGAAAACAGUAAUAUGACUCAAUCAGUGAAAAAUACAUGUAUAAUCUUCGUUUAUCUACAUGUAAUGCAUAAAAAUGGCAACCAUUAAUAAAAGGGCAAAAUA